UUCUAUUUUUGUUUACAUUACAUUUCUAAUAUAAAUAUUAUAUUUGCUCUCGAGUCCUGUCAGUCAGUUCGUUACCCACGUGACAAGACAAAGCGCAAAAUUUUCGCGGGAAUCCCGGCAACUGUAGCUUCUGCUGUGAGAAGUGCUGUGAUUUUUCUGUGACCCACUGCCUUUUUAACCUUUUAAAGUUAUUGAAGGCAAUUAUAUUGGUAUUAUCUUUAUUUAAUUUUAACGAUAAAAUCUUUAAGUAUGGAACUAAGUUGGGAGUGGUUCGCUAAAAACCGAAUCAUUAGAUGGAAAAAGAGUUUUAAGUGCAUUUUGUGUACCUUUGAAUUUGGAGAAGAUUAUGAUGAAGAUUAUUUUGAUGAUAUUACGGAUCACGUUAAAGAGAGUCCUUUUCAUAUAGAAGUAAGCAAGACGAUACAUUGUGAUUUGAAAGAUUCUACAGGAAAACUAGCUAGUACACGCUUAGUUGAAGAAAUAGUGGAAAACUGUGUUUUUUUCAAUACCCAAAAGAAUGAGCUUACAUGCUAUCUGUGUCAAUGUGCAUUACAAUCCUUUCACAAUCUUAAGCACCAUAUAAAAGGUUACAGACAUCUCAGAAAUAUGAAAUUGAAAGAAUCUCGUAUGGAUCCUAAAACAUAUGUUUUUACCAAUAGUUUAUAUUGCAAAAAGUGUAAAACUUGUUGCCAAUCUCCCAUGGGAACCUUGAUGCACGUUAUGAAGCAUUUUCCCAAAAUGCUCAAAUGUCCAACUAAUAUUGAUAUUAUAAAAGUUUUAUAUAGUCAUUUUGUAUGUUUGCUAUGCAAUAGAAACAUUGGUUAUAAUGAUUUGGAAGAGCAUUUAAUGUCUGCGCAACAUGUUAAACGAAAUGAUUUCUUGAAAAGUAAAAAGCAAUUACCACAAGAAAUUCAGAUUACCAAAGCUGAAUUGAAUCGUAUUAAAGACACAUUUUUCAACAAUUUUGAUAUUGAUACAUGGUAUUGUAGUAAAUGUAAAAAAAACGUUUCAAGUAAGUCUGGACUUGUUCGUCAUUUUUUGGAUGAAAACCAUAGAAAAAAUUCUGCAAAAAAUCAAUGUAGUAGUGAUCAUUUGCUUCUAGAAAGUAUCAUCUCUUAUAAGUGUUACUUGUGUAAUGAAUCAUUUGGUUCUGAUAUGUUUUCUUUGUUUCUUCAUUAUCAUAAUUCACUUCAGCAUAAAAUACAAAUGGAAAAUUUCCAUAAAAUUGUCAAGGAAAACUAUCUAGAAAUGAAAGAACUGAAAAAUACAAUUGUUAUAGAGUGCUCAUUAUGUAAAAUACAAGUUAAUGAUAUGGUAUCUGUUGAUACACAUUUGAGUGGGAAAAAACAUAAAUCUUGUGAAAUUUUGAAUAAACAGUUACCAAUUUCUCAAAUAAAAUCAUGUCAAACACAAUUUAACAAGAACACAGGAAACAAAGAAAUGGAUAUUAAUGAAGUGAAAUGUGAAAAAUCUAAAAUGUUGGAACUAGCAUCAACAAAACAAAAAUCUGAAGAUCAUUAUAAAAAAAUAACAGAAAAUAAUAAUACUGAAAUGUUUAACUCUAUUACAAUAACUGAUGAAGAAAUAAUUGAGCUGGAUGUGCUUGAUAUUUUAAAUGAUAUAGAUGAACUUAAUUUAGGAAUAAAACUAAUGGAUCGAUUCAUUCCUGCACACAAAAAAGAAUCAAAAUCAAGUUCACCUAAUGUACAGAUAGAUAAAGUCUCAAAAUUUGAUCAAAACAUUUUGAAUAAUGGUACACAAUAUAUAGACUUUUGUAUUAAACAGGGCAAAAAAUAUAUAUACAAUAUAAGUGGCAACAAAUUAGCUUUUAUAAACUUAAACAUUGAUUUCAUAAUUAAAAACAAUGAUAAUCAGUUCUGUUUGCUCUGCAAUAAUCAAAUUUCCAGUGAAGUGCAUGUUAUAGUGGAACAUUUGUUUUCUAAAAAACACAUUGAAAACUUACAAAAAAAAAAUAAAAGCUGGAAGAAAAUGGAAGGUUCACUCAACAUAUCCAAUGAUAAUUUAACAUUUGCAAUACCUUAUAUUUUGAGAACAACAAAUGAAUCUUUUUAUUGCCAUGCUUGUAAAAAUAAUGUUGUUGAGUACAACUUUUUUGAACAUUCUCUAACUCAGGAUCAUAUGCUUAAAUGUGAGGAUUUGAGGAAAAAUUCUAUUGAUACUCUUAAGAAAAUUAUGUUACUCAUGAAAGAUACAUGGUAUUACGCUCAAUUUUUUGAUUGCCAAGUGUGUAAUCUUAAGUUCCAUAUGGAAAUUGAAUUUGUUGAACAUUUAGAAAAUCAAAACCAUUGUAAGAAAGUAGAAAAAUGCAUUGCAAGUGGUGCCACACUAGAAUUCCAUACAUGUUUUGCAUGUAUAACAUGCAUUUAUGGAGAUUUCAGUAAAUACAAUGCUCAUUGUGAUGAUAUUUUUCAUAAACGCUACUUAAGUAAAGGUGAUUACACUGUGUCAAAAAUGAUGCCUCCCUUAUUAGAUUUAUUGAAUGAAAUAGAAGAUAAGAAACAAAAAUUAUUGUUUGAAUCAGAUUUAAUUAUUUUAGAAAACCCUAGAGAAAGGAGUUUGUUAAAAGCUGUUGAAAAAGUUGUUGAAAAUGUUUAUCCAAAUGCUACAGCAUAUAAAUUUGGUUCAAGAUCUUCUCAAACGGCACUCUCCAAUAGUGAUUUAGAUAUUUUUUUAGAUUGUGAUGAUAUGUAUAACAAUAAUUUUGAUGCUGCAAGCAGCCAUAAAUAUUUAUCAUCGGUGAAAAAUUGUUUUGAAAGUCAUAAAGAUGUAUGGUACAUAGAAGAAGUGAUAGUUGAUGCUAGUACACCGAUUAUUAAGCUACGUCAUUAUCCUACUAGUCUUAAGUGUGAUAUUUCUUUUUCAAACGGUCUGUCUCACAGAAAAUCUAAGCUUGUUAGGUAUUACAAUGAUGCUUAUCCAAUGUGUAGGGAGCUUAUUUUGUAUCUUAAAAAGUGGAUAACUUUUUCCCAAUUAUCUGGUACUGAAGGAAUUUCAACUUUCACUAUCUCAUGGCUUGUCAUUUUUUACUUGCAACGCAAAGGCAUAUUUCCAAGUGUACAUGAGCUAAUAAAAUAUCAAACUCGCUCAAUAAUUAUUGAUGGCUGGGAAUGUGGAUAUCAAGAAAAUAUUUGUAUCAAGUCUAAUGAUUCUACUUUUUCUGAACAUCUUGUUGGGUUAUUUACCUUCUAUGCAAAAUUUGAUUAUCAAAAGUAUGUUAUUUGUCCUUAUUUGGGUAAAAUAAUAGAGAAAGAAAAGUUUGCUACUAGAGAAUUACCGGCGGAGCUUACUGCUAAACUAAGUAAACGAAAAAAAAAGGCUUUAGCAUUUUUCCGAUUCGAUUCUCCAAUGUGUAUGCAAGAUCCAACAGAUCUAUCUCAAAAUUCAACAAAAGCUCUUAGAAAACGUCAACUUAGAUGUUUCAGAGAGUAUUGCUCAUCAAGUGUUGAAAUAAUUCAAUCUGGACAACAAGAUUCAUCUGUAUAAUGCAUAUUAUUGAAAACUCAAAUUAUUAUUUUUAUAGUACAAAAACAAUGAGACUUUAUGAUUUAUAAAUGAAAUGCAAUCAUGAUGUUAUGUUACUUUCAUUGUUUAAAAUGUUUACAAAACAUCGAUUCAAAUGUCUGAUAAAAAGUAUUUAAUGUACUAUUUUUAUUAUUUUUUAAUUACUUAUUUAUACUCGAAAAUAGAACUCAUGAUAUAUUUUUAUAUGAUUUUUACAUGAUACAGUUUUUGAAGUCUUUUAUAAAACGAUUUUAU